UUUUUUUUUAUACACAUAUAUCAUAUAUAUACAUAUAAAACAGGAUUUUAUCAGAAAUGAAAAUUAAAACAUUAGAGGAUGCACGUCAAGUAGCUAAAAAACUUCAUCAAAUGGGAGCACGUAACGUAGUUAUUACAACUUUAUCCUUACCAUUACACGAAGUGCCUUCAGAGGUACAUCUUGAGACAAGCUCUGAUGAUUCACUUUAUUGCUUCACAAGUCAACAACUGUAUUCAGCAGAAGAAGAAGAUGGACAGAUAGAUCAACAUUUAAUUGCUUUCCCUACUUAUCCAGGUUAUUUCACAGGUACUGGAGAUCUAUUCUCUGCAUUGGUCGUAGCUCGCUUACAGGAGUCUAUGAAUCAAAAUAAGCCACUUAUUGAUGCAAUUUAUCGAGUUGUAUGUAGUGUCAAUGCUAUUGCGAAAAAGACGUGGUUAUAUCAACGAAAGACGAUUCAAAUUGAAAGUCGAGGUGAAGCAGAUUUAAUUGAGACAAAGCCAAAUGCUUCUAAACUAGUUCAUAGUUGUGAAUUACGUUUAAUUCAAGGUAAAAAAGAAAUUGAAAGUCCAGAAGACUAUAUUACAAAAGAUACAAUUAAGUUUAUUCAAAUUUAAAUAAAAAAAAAAA